AUGUAUUCCUGUGCUAAGUUUGUCACUUCUUCUGCUGUGUUGCGUGGGGGGUCCAGAAUCCUUGCUCGGCCAGUUUCUGCCUCCGUUUUUAACAGACCUGAAGCCUCAGUGGAGCAACAGGCCCUGUUGCCAAUAGGUCAAUCAGCAGUCCUAACCCGCUCGUUCCAAACCAGUGCGGUCUCUCGGGACAUCGACACUGCAGCAAAGUUCAUUGGUGCUGGUGCUGCCACAGUAGGAGUUGCUGGUUCUGGUGCUGGAAUUGGAACAGUCUUUGGUAGCCUCAUUAUUGGUUAUGCCAGGAACCCUUCCCUGAAGCAGCAACUCUUCUCCUAUGCCAUCCUGGGAUUUGCUCUAUCGGAGGCAAUGGGUCUCUUCUGUCUGAUGGUGGCAUUCCUUAUUCUGUUUGCCAUGUAA